AUGCGAUGUGACCUCUCGUUGUGUGAUCUUUUCGAAAGGAAUCUUGCCAGUUUGAUGCACCUGCUGAAGGGAAACAUCGGUACAGGUGUCCUGGCCAUGCCGUCGGCUUGUAAAUAUGCUGGGCUUCCUAAUCAACAUACAGCUGGACCAGUGGGUGUCUUGGUGAUUGGAUUCAUUGCCACACAUUGUAUGCACAUGCUAGUCAACUGUAGCAGGAAACUGUGUAAAAGGACAGAAGGGCUAUGUGCACUCGGGUAUGCUGAGAUUCUAGAAGAAAGCCUGAGAACAGGACCACCACGAUUACAGAGAUUUCACCGACAUGGCAGGUACACAAUCAAUGGAUUUCUGCUUCUGACACAAUUUGGAUUUUGCUGUGUCUACAUUUUAUUUGUUGCUCAGAAUGUCCAACAGGUGAUACAAUCAUUCCACUCAGACAGUCCUGAUGUAAAAAUUUACCUGCUGGUGUCCGCGGCGCUUCUUAUACCUUACUGCUUUGUGAAGAACUUGAAGCAUCUGGCACCGUUUUCCACAUUUGCCAACCUGUUGGUCAUAGUAGGCCUUGUGAUCGUUUUCCAGGAACUUGUUCAGGGCCUCCCUGACGUCAGUUCUCGUCCUGCUAUAACACCGGUAGACAAACUUCCUCUCUACUUUGGCACAGCUAUGUUUGCCUUUGAGGCUAUAGGAUUGGUAAUGCCAAUUGAAAACAAAAUGCGACAUCCUGAGGAUUUUGGAGGCUGUGUUGGUAUCCUUAACCUUGGGAUGACCUUUGUUGUCUGCCUCUACACAGCGAUGGGUUUCUAUGGUUACCUUAAAUAUGGCGAGGAAGCAGAAGGCAGUAUUACCCUCAACUUGCCCAGUAAAAAUUGGUUGUUUAUAUCUGUAAAUCUCAUGUAUGCCAUUGCCAUCUUUAUUUCGUACGGCCUACAGCUGUACGUUGUCGUUCGGAUAAUAUGGCCAGCGAUAGAGGCCAAAAUCAGUUCAAGGAAAAUGAAGAUCAUGUCGGAAUAUAUAUUCAGGACUUCACUGGUGCUUGCUACGUGUGGGAUAGCGAUGGUGGUGCCACACCUAGACCUGAUGAUAUCCCUGGUCGGCUCAUUAGCCAGUAGCUCAUUAGCAUUGAUGUUCCCUCCGCUGAUUGAAAUCAUCACUUAUUCAGCAGAAGGCGAACGGCUGUCCGUCAUCUCCGUAAUUAAGAACCUCCUUAUUAUCUUGCUUGGAAUUGUGGGAUUUGCCACUGGUACAUUUUCUGCUAUGCAGGAAAUUAUUCGAACAUUCCAUGACACUUCUGGUGAUGGGGGAGGCAUGAAUACUACAGUAAUGGCUGGGUUAGGUUUAUCAGAAGUCCAGACUUACAGCUGAUUAUAACUAUAUAAUGCUCUCUGUGAUAGUAGUCUUUUUGUCAAUUUUUUCAUUUC